AUGGCUAUCAGCAAGGAGAGGGUUACGCCCAUCAAGGCAAACCUCAAGUGCCUCCUGAUCUGCCUGGCGGUCUCUAUGGCCAAUUGUCAGUAUGGAUUCGACACGGCCACAGUUGGGGGGUUCCAAGCCAUGAUUGGCUUUCUUGAGAUCUUUGGAUACCGGGAUCCAACAUCCAAAACCGGCUGGGGGAUCGAGACACAAACACAGCAACUGAUGACGAGUCUGAUCAACGUGGGGACUAUCGCGGGCGUCUUUGUCACUGCUCCUUUCGCGCGGUACUUUGGCCGUCGGCCGGGCAUCUGGGUGGCUUCGAUUAUCAACUUUGUUGCUGCGGGAGUCCAGGUGGGAACUACUUCCAUCGGUGGGCUCUAUGCUGGCAGAGCUCUCAUUGGAAUAGCAAACGGCCUUUUCAUAACGUACGCCAACAUCUACGUUGCAGAGGUUGCUCCAGCCCAUCUUCGUGGCCUGCUCGUCUCUUUCUUCGGAGUUUGGGUCAAUAUCGGAAGUGUUCUGGGGGCUGUUGCGGACAACUACUCGAAGCAGCAUUUGGACAGGUUGUGCUACCAGAUUCCGCUAGCAAGCAUGUUUGCAGUGCCGUUACUUUUGAGCAUAUUCAUGUUCUUCAUCCCGGAGUCCCCGAGAUGGUUGCUAAUUCACAACAAGCCGGAACAAGCCAGAAGGGCUCUCGAGAGACUUCGGGGCAACUCUCUGGCGCCAGAGUUCUUUCGCGAAGAGUAUGUCGAAAUGGCGCGUGGCAUUGAAGAAGAGAAGGAACUCGCAUCGUCGGCGUCUUACCUCGACAUCUUCAGGGGCACCGAUCUGAGGAGGACGAUCAUCUGCUGGGGCACCAUUAUGUCUCAUUCCGGCGCCGGGCUCUGGCUCAUCAUCGGAUACGGCACGUUUUUCUUCCAGAUCGCUGGCGUAGAGAAGCCGUUUGAGGCCUCGAUCAUCUCCACGUGUGGCAGCUUCGCUGGCGUGCUCGUGGGUCUGUAUUUCACUACAAAAGUCAUUGGGCGCCGCACUUCGAUGCUCUUCGGCUCUGCCAUGGCUUCACUCUGCAUGCUGGCGAUCGGCGUCGCGUAUGUCACGGGAGGCACCUCCAAGCCCGCGGGCUCGGCGAUCGUGGCCUUCAUGGUCCUCUAUGGGUUCUUCUACAAUGGCUUCUCCGGCACGCUCAGCUGGCCGAUCGCCACGGAGGUCUGCAGCUCACGGCUCCGCGUUUUAACCAUCGGAUUGUGCACGGGCGUCAAUUACUUCUUCAAUUGGCUUACAUCUUAUACCGCGCCUUACUUUAUCAACCCGAACCAGCUUAACUGGGGCGGCAAAUAUGCCUUUAUAUGGGCAGGCUCGAAUCUCUGCGUCUUCUUCUUCUUCUUCUUCCUCCUUCCCGAAAUGAAAGACCGCUCCCUCGAAGAGUUGGACGAGCUCUUCCAAAACCGCGUCUCGGUCCGUGACUUCAAGAAGUACCAGUGCGUCAGCUCCGAGAGGGCCAGGGAGGUCGCGCUCAAGGAAAUGGGCGGGGGAGAAGGGGAGAUGAAGACGAAUGUCGUUGUCGAGACGGUCGAGGACACUGCUACUGCAACCACGGCGGUCGCGUCGAAGGUCUGA